AUGGCCCCUCAUAUAGCAGACAUGACAGCAGAGGAACUCCCUGCCCCAUGGGUGUCCAGCCCUGUGGGAGAGGUCAAGUUAAUGCCAGAGCCAGGUCUGGAGGAGGGACUCAACAGCUGCAACCAAGAAGUAACACACGAUCACACAGACACGCCCACUGAGGAAUGUGCACCAAUCACUGACAGUUGCUGUCUCUUUCUGUGUCUGUGCAGGGAGGAGCCGUUCUGUAGGAUCUGUCAUGAAGGCAGGGCCUCAGGGGAGCUGCUGUCCCCAUGUCAGUGCUGUGGUAGCCUGGCCAUGGUGCACCAGGCCUGCCUGGAGCACUGGCUCACCGCCUCCAACAGCAGCCACUGUGAACUCUGCCACCACCCGUUUGCACUGGAGCGCCUGCCAAAGCCCCUCACUGAGUGGUUGUGUUCUCCAUCCAUGCAGCAGCAGAGGAGGACGCUGUGUGGCGACGCGGUGUGUUUCCUGUUCAUCACACCGCUGGCCAGCCUGUCAGGAUGGCUGUGUAUUCAGGGAGCCAUGGACCUCUACUACACCAACGGCAUGGAGGCCCUGGGGCUACUGGUCCUCACACUGGCCCUCUUCACCAUAUACGUCUUCUGGACCAUGGUAUCUGUGCGCUACCACAUGAAUUUGUUCCAGACGUGGAAGAAGACUGACCAGAGAGUGCGACUUCAGAUUCCCUUGCCGGCCUACAGCACACCUACCCAACAGACCCUGUCCAUAAACACCCUCUGCAAAGCCAGCAGCAAAGAGACUAUGGUGUAG